ACAGUGCGCAUAAUGCAUACUGUCUGUCUGUGUCAAUUUUCGUCCCUUUCUUCUCAGCAAUUUAACGUUAUUCAAUUUGUUCGUUGAAAGAGGGGGCCUUAUCUUCCCCUUCCCUUACCACAAUCAUCAAAAGAAAGAGAGAGGAAAACUAUUUUUACAUAUUUAUAGCACCUGCCGUUCUCACUCUCCUUAAAUCCUCCCCCUUUUGGAACUCCAACUCCCCUUCCUUCAACCAUACACAUAACUAGCUUCAUUCGGAUGAUCAAUUUCCAGCUACUAACUCUUUGCUGAAAUGAAUCACUGCGUUCCGGAUUUUCAUGAAAUGGACGAGGACGAUUCGAUUCCCACGCCUUCCAGUUUUUCUAGACUCAAAAAGACUACGACAGGUGAAGAGGAUAUCAUGGAGCUGCUAUGGCAGAACGGUCAAGUAGUGGUGCAGAGUCAGAAUCAGAGACCGCCUAAUAGGAGCGUCUCCUGCAGCGGCAGCGGAGAGGUGGUGAUUCCGUCGGAGAGGGAGAUCAGAUCGAGCGCGGAGGAGCAUUUGUUUAUCCAGGAGGAUGAGAUGGCGUCUUGGCUUCUCGAUGAUUCCUCCUUCGAUCGCGAUUUUUACGCCGAUCUCCUCUAUUCCGCUCCUCCUCCGCCUCCGCCUCUCACCACCGCGGAGAUCCGCCCCCCGCCGCCGGUCGCCAGACCUGACAAUCCGCCGCGGGUGCAGAAUUUCGUGCAUUUCUCGAGGCUCCCGAUCAGGCCGAGGCCGGCGGCGCGAGAAUCGUCCACGGUGGUGGAGUCAAAUGACACGCCUGCGGCCGCACCGGAAUCUAGGGUUUCUCACAGCGGUCCGCCGGUUAACGCGGAUAGCGCCACCGUCAGAACUGGAGCUGCCGCGGGUACAUGUGACCUCACCGCCGCCUCGUCGCCCGGCAGCUCCCCGACCAGCUUCAGCGAAGAUACGCAUCAUCCGCAGCACAAGCCCGCAGCACUGCCGGAAGACCGGAAACGGAAAGUUAGAGAAGCCGACGAUAAUGAGUGCCAGAGUGAGGAUAUCGAGUUUGAAGCUGCUGAAGGUAAAAAACAAGGCUGUGGUUCAGCAUCGACAAAGAGAUCACGUGCUGCAGAAGUUCACAACCUGUCAGAGAGGAGGCGGCGAGACAGGAUAAAUGAGAAAAUGAGGGCACUACAAGAACUCAUCCCACGUUGCAAUAAGUCAGACAAAGCUUCAAUGCUGGAUGAGGCUAUUGAAUACUUGAAAUCACUUCAAUUACAAGUACAGAUGAUGUCGAUGAGUUGUGGGAUGGUUCCCAUGAUGUACCCGGUGGGUGUGCAGCAGUACAUGCCUGCUGCUAUGGGGUUAGGAAUGGGGAUGGGAAUGGGGAUGGACAUGGGAAUGAGCCGUCCGAUGGUUCCUUAUCCACCUAUGAUGGCCGGCUCAGCCAUGCCAAAUCCUGCAGCCGCGGCAGCUCAUAUGGGUCCUAGAUAUCCCCUCCCACCAUUUCAUAUGCAACCAGUUCCUGUACCCGAUCCUUCAGCGUUACAGCCUACUAACCGCGCAGAUCAUGUCUCAAACUCGACUGCUAUUCCUCAGAACCAGAACCAGCCAAGGUUUCAAAACUUUCCCGAUCCGUAUCAACAGUAUCUUGGUUUCCACCCCACACAACUUCCAAUACCACAGAACCAGGGUGUGGUGCAGCAUGACGCCAACAAACCAAGCACCAGCAAAGAUAUUGGCAACCCUCACAACCAGCAAACUGGAUAAUUUGCGCGAACAUUGCAGAUCGGGAGGCUGUCGUCCCACCCGACUAAAUUUUGUUACUGAGUAGACACGAAAAUAUAUAAUCAUGUAUCCUCUAGCUAACAUAAUUUGAUAUAACAUGUAUACUAAUGAUGAUCUUUAGCUUAAGUUUUUUUGGUUA